AUGAAGAAGAUGAUGUUGAUAAAGAGGAGGAAGAAUAGGUAACUUGCCCUCAUUGAUUUGAAAUUCUUAAUCAUUAAACCGUGGUCUUACAAAGUAAAUUUCAUCAAACCAAUAAUUCUCUAACUCCUGCCGUCUUACUACAUUACAAUAAACUCUGAUUAAGAGAUCAGCUUAAUAUCCAACAUUAUGCGAAAUAAGUAUAAACAAGGUCUAGAUAAAGAAUUGAAUCCUCAAAACAUUGUUUUUAAACUCUUUGUGUAAAAUUACUAGGUUCUUGUACUCACUAGUCUAGGUGUGGCUCUUUACUCACUAGUCUAGGUGUGCCAGUAAAAUGAGGAGAUGCUGAAUGAAACAGAAGUAGAUGUUAUAGCCUACUGUCUGAAGGAAAGAUGUGAGAAACCAAGAUAUGGUUAAAUGGAAAGAGAAAUCAAAGGACCUAAGUUUAUUAGAAGCAGAAUUUAGGUACCCUUGAAAAUGGUUUACUAUCACAUAUAGUUCAUUAUGGUAACGUAAAUAAAGAUCUGA